AAUAAUAUCAUUGAACGGAGUAGAAGAAAGCAUAUUCCACGGUCACCAAACCUCUCCCUUCGAACUUUUUUUUUCAGUCUGCGUCUCUCUCCCGUCACCGUCGAAACUACUGAGAUCUCUCUCUCUCUCCAAUCACUUCACCGAAGAUGCAUUCCAGUCAUCUUCUUCUCGAGGAGCCGAUCAGGAUGGCUUCAAUCCUCGAGCCUUCCAAAUCUAGUUUCUUCCCGGCAUUGACUAAGAUCGUCGGAACUCUCGGUCCUAAAUCCCGAUCCGUCGAGGCUCUCUCCGGUUGUCUCAAAGCCGGCAUGUCUGUGGCUCGAUUUGAUUUCUCUUGGGGAGACUCUGAUUACCACCAGGAGACACUAGAUAAUCUCAAGGUUGCUGUGAGGAGCACUAAGAAGCUUUGUGCUGUUAUGCUUGAUACUGUGGGACCUGAGUUGCAAGUUAUUAACAAAUCUGAGAAAGCUAUUACUUUGAAAGCUGACGGCCUUGUAACUUUGACACCGAAUCAAGAUCAGGAAGCCUCUUCUGAAGUUCUUCCCAUUAAUUUCAAUGGGCUUGCCAAGGCGGUGAAGAAAGGAGAUACUAUCUUUGUUGGGCAAUACCUCUUCACUGGUAGUGAAACAACUUCAGUUUGGCUUGAGGUUGCUGAAGUUAAAGGAGAUGAUGUCAUUUGCCUGUCUAGGAAUGCUGCUACUCUGGCUGGUUCUCUCUUCACUUUGCAUGCCUCUCAAGUUCACAUCGAUCUGCCAACUCUCACAGAGAAGGAUAAGGAGGUUAUAAGCACAUGGGGAGUCCAAAAUAAAAUCGAUUUUCUCUCAUUGUCUUAUUGCCGACAUGCGGAGGAUGUUCGCCAGACCCGUGAAAUGCUUAAAAAGUUGGGUGACCUCUCCCAAACACAAAUAUUCGCAAAGAUUGAGAAUGUGGAGGGACUAACCCACUUUGAUGAGAUUCUACAAGAAGCUGAUGGAAUUAUUCUUUCACGUGGGAAUUUGGGGAUAGAUCUACCCCCAGAGAAGGUGUUUUUGUUUCAAAAGGCAGCUCUUUACCAUUGCAACAUGGCUGGAAAGCCAGCCGUUCUUACCCGUGUUGUUGACAGUAUGACUGACAACUUGCGACCAACUCGUGCGGAGGCAACGGAUGUUGCUAAUGCUGUUUUAGAUGGAAGUGAUGCAAUUCUUCUUGGUGCUGAGACCCUUCGUGGAUUGUACCCUGUUGAGACAAUAUCAACUGUUGGUAGGAUCUGUGCUGAGGCAGAGAAGGUUUUCAAUCAAGAUUUGUACUUCAAGAAGACUGUCAAGUAUGUUGGAGAACCUAUGACCCACUUGGAAUCGAUUGCUUCUUCAGCUGUACGGGCAGCCAUCAAGGUUAAGGCAUCAGUAAUUAUAUGCUUCACCUCUUCUGGAAGAGCAGCCAGGUUGAUUUCGAAAUACAGGCCAACGAUGCCUGUUAUUUCUGUUGUUAUUCCCAGGGUUAAGACAAAUCAGCUGAAAUGGAGCUUUAGUGGAGCUUUUGAGGCGAGGCAGUCACUUAUUGUCAGAGGCCUCUUCCCAAUGCUCGCUGACCCUCGUCACCCUGCGGAAUCAACAAGUGCGACAAACGAGUCAGUCCUGAAGGUUGCUCUAGACCAUGGGAAGCAUGCUGGAGUGAUCAAGUCCCAUGACAGAGUAGUGGUGUGCCAGAAAGUUGGUGAUGCAUCUGUGGUUAAGAUCAUCGAGCUCGAGGAUUAACUUUUGCCUCACAAAAAAAAAUCAAAACAUUAUAAAAUUGGCUGCAUUUUGGGUUGCCUUGAAUUGAUGAUGACUCGAAUGCCGGAGUGAGUAUAUUAUCUCCGGGACUUUUGGUUUUUUUGCACUUAGGAGAUUUGAUGUCUAUAAGGGUUGCCCCUUAUUUUUCGCUAUAUUUGAUUACCUUCAAAAUUUAAGCAUAUGAUAAAAGAGUAUACAAUGCCUAGCAAAUUUUAUAAUAAGCUGUGUUACAUUCCCUA